CAAUUGUUUACAGUUAGAUGUAAAUAAAAGUAGUAAAGAUAAAGACCCGACGAAUCCGAUUCGAUCUCGACGUUGCCAGCUUGCCGGGCCGCCAUCGCCGUUGCGGUGCGAGGGAGAAUCGAUCGGCGACCGAACGACCCUCGCGACACGACCGCGGCGCACGUCGCCCCGCGCGCCAGUCUGUUCUAAACGCUCCUCCACGUAAUCUCAAAAUGUUCACCGAAAAACUAGACUUAAAACUCAUUGGCUUAGUCAGAGACAAUACAGUGCUCUACGACCACAAUAACCCACAGUACAUGGACUUUAAUGCCAGAGAAGUUGUCUGGCAGAAGAUAGGCGAUGAACUCAAGCGGCCCGCGGCCGUGUGCAAGGCGAGGUGGAUCAACAUCAGAGACAUUAAUCGCCGUAUAUUGAGGAAAACACUAAGCAGCUCCGGUAAGCGAGUGAAGCUGUAUAAGUAUGAAAGCGACCUUGCUUUCAUGAGGCCAUUUUACAGGGAUAUUUUGAUACAGAACGGCGAGUUUUCGUGGGAUGAAAAGAACCAAAGGGACUGUGAUGUGGAGGACGAUCCAGACAUCCCUGAUCAUAAUACAGACGAUUCCAAUGACGAAAAGCCAAUAAAGGCGAAAGGUAAGAAGUCUGGCAUUAAGAAAAAGAGAAAGAAGAGGAAAUACGAGGAGGUUGAGGUAGAGAAUCCUUCUGCAAGUAUUGGAGAACCGAGUACGGCGGGGCUCUCGGAGUUUGACCCCUGUGACCCGGUGGACUCUUUCCUUCUGAGCAUUGGAGCCACAUUGAAGACCUUUUCUCCAUACCACCUGAACGUGGCGAAGAGUAAAAUAUUCGCUGUUGUCCAGGAACAUGAUUUGCAACAGAUUGUGCAGAAGAAAAGCGAUAUGGACGACAAAACUCCUUUAAAUAUGAUCUAAGUUUUGAAUAAGUUCACUAUAGACACUUUAGUUUAAGUAAUAUCUUGUGCGUGGACAUCUUCAUGCGAAGAUGUGAUGUGAUUUGCCAUAGUGAUUUAA